UUUAUUUUUAUUUGCUUUUAUCGAUAUGCAUAUAUCGAUAAGCAGCUCUGAAACGCGAAAUUUCUUGUAUUAUUUACGUAUUUGGCGAAGCAAAAUUGCGACGAGUGGUCUAGUUACGACCCCGUUAUCCUUAACAUUUGACGCAUCGGUCAUUUGCACUGUUUUAAACUGAAAGCGCCAUGUCGACGCAGAAUGUGGGAAACGAGGAAAACGCAGCCCCAAAGUCGAAACGACCUUCAGAUUCAGCGUUCAAGCAACAGCGCCUUCCCGCCUGGCAGCCCGUGUUGACAGCAAGAACAGUUCUCCCCACGUUCUUUGUGAUCGGUGUGCUCUUCAUUCCCAUUGGGGUGGUCCUGCUGCAUUUCUCCAAUUCAUCCAAUGAGCUCAUCAUCGACUACACCAGGUGCAUGCAGGUGGGCAAUAAUAAGACUUGUGCCGAGUUUUUGGAAGCCACAACGGGCGGACAGUGUUUGUGCAAGAUUAACUUUAAUCUAACUGAAGACUUUAAUGGCGAUGUUUACAUGUACUAUGGCCUGACCAAUUACUAUCAGAACCAUCGACGCUAUGUAAAAUCACGGGAUGACGAGCAGCUGUUGGGUCACCUGUCGCUAACGCCUAGCUCGGAUUGCACCCCAUUUGCCUACGCGGACAAUGACAAACCCAUAGCGCCAUGUGGCGCCAUUGCCAAUUCCCUUUUCAAUGACACACUCACACUGAGCCAAGGCAGCUCGGAAAUUAAAUUAUUGAAUACGGGCAUUGCAUGGCCAUCGGAUAAGCGCGUCAAGUUCCGUAAUCCUGAAGGUAACUUAAGAGAAGCGCUAGCCGCAUUUGAGAAGCCAAUUUUCUGGCAGAAAAACCUAAGUGAACUGGAUCCAACGAAUGAGGAAAACAAUGGCUUCCAGAACGAGGAUCUAAUCGUUUGGAUGCGCACCGCUGCCCUGCCCAGUUUUCGGAAGCUAUACCGUCGCUUGGAUCAAACAAAUAAUAGCUUUUCACGUGGCCUCAAGGCCGGUGAAUACACGUUGAAUGUAGAGUACAAGUAUCCCGUGGUCUCGUUUGAUGGCACCAAACGCAUGAUUCUAUCGACCACAUCUGUGCUGGGCGGAAAGAAUCCCUUCCUGGGCAUUGCCUAUAUCGUUGUGGGUGGCAUUUGUGUUACGCUUGGACUGGCGCUGCUCUUCAUUCAUCUGCGCUGCAGUCGUAGCAGCAACAUGGAAAUGAUGAGCGUUAAUCCACACACACAGUACUCCUAGAGAAAAUGGAAAUGGAUUUAAAUUGAUAGUGUUUGCUCCUUUCUUUGUUUUUUUUUUGUGGAAAAGUUCUAUCUGCGAAUCGCGCUUGCACCAUUAAUUAGUUGUAAUAUCUUUUUAAGGCAUAAAUUAUAAUAUGUAUGUAUUUAUGUAACGCCUUGUAUUAGAAUACACAAUUAGUUUCUAUUAGCUUUGAUAACAUUGUACGACAGGCUGUUCACUGUUCUCUUAUUAUCAUUUUGUAAUUGUUUGCUUUAUCUUAUUUUCAUUGCAAUGUUUUUGCAACCAAUUAUAUAUGUGAUGUUUGUUAUCGUAACUUUUGAAUCGUUUUAUAAUACACAGCUCAUAAACAAAAUCACAGACCAAAUAGCAGAGUUCAAUAAUCAAAAGUUCGAUUUGUGUGCCUGAGCCACUCCGCCUGCCAAUAACAAAUCAGUCUAGUAUUGCAACCGCAUUAGACUGGCGCUAAACAAAAAAAAAAAUUAUAAAUGUGCAUUGAUAUUUUACUAAUAAACUGUGCAAAUACGAAUUGAGCUACACACAGAAAA